CAACAAGAGACAAAAUAGGUUUCCGAAAGAAAGCCUGGUUAAAGAAAUACAAGUCAAUAUAUGUUAAGAAUUUAUCUUUUGGUUCUAGUAUUUGUGUUUGAAAGAAUUCCCUUUAACAUAUGUAAUAAUAUCCGGAAUUCGUGUGCAAACAGACAGUUAUAGUCUGUUUACUAGCUGCUGUAAGUAUUCGUCAAGAAAGUGUGACACUGAGGACCAACCAGUUGUCGAAAACGAAAUACACACGUUAGCACAGAGGUCUGAAAAGAUAGCUAAAUGAUUAUUUCUUGCAGCAGAGAUUAAGGUUGUAAACACAUGAUGGUUGACACUGAGAAAAGAGCUGUCUGUGAUGCUCCAUCUACCAUGGAUCCCUCUGGGAAGAAUAAAGAGAAUGAGAAGAAGAAGAGGUCACGUGUGAAACAGCUGCUGGCAGAUGUGAAGAAACAGGUGGACUUCUGGUUCGGGGAUGUCAACCUUCACAAGGACAGGUUCCUGAAACAGCUGAUUGAGGAAUCACGAGAUGGAUAUGUUGAUAUAUCAGUGUUGACAUCCUUCAACCGGAUGAAGAGUCUGACCACUGAUUGCAAGUUAAUUGCCAGGGCGCUGAAAAAUUCCUCUGUUGUUGAGGUCAACCUAGAGGGAACCAAAGUGCGAAGGCAGAAUCCAAUUGGAGUGGAUCCAAAAGAUUCAGACAACCGAACUGUCUAUGUGGAACUUCUCCCCAGGAACGUAACGCAUGACUGGCUGGAACGAGUGUUCACGAAGUGCGGAAAUGUGGUUUACAUCAGCGUCCCCCGAUACAAAACCUCGGGCCACUCCAAAGGAUUUGCUUUUGUCGAAUUUGAGACAGCAGAGCAAGCAGAGAAAUCCAUAGAGAUGCUGAACAACCCUCCAGAGGACGCCCCCAGGAAGCCUGGAAUCUUCCCCAAGACCAAGAACAGGAAGCCCAUCCCCAAUCCACCGUCUCUUAACACGGGAGCGUUAGACGAGGAAGAGGAGAAAAAGAAGAAGAAGAAAACUAAGUCCAGGAAGAGCACCAAAGACGACCCGCCGUCAAAGACAGAGGCGACCGUGGGAGGGGCCAAAGAACAGGAAACGGAAUCAGAGCCGCCUGUGCGGAAGAGGAGGCGCAUGGCGGUGGGUGCCGAGGAGCCAGCCGGGGACAAAGACACGCCCCCGGCCAAGAAGCCAGAGAAGAGGCGCCGGUCCCAGGCAUCGGGGGGCUCGGAGGGGGACGCCCAGGGAGACGUGCCCUCCAAACUGAGGAGGAUCAGCAAGGAGUUGGAAGGAAAGAAGAGAGACGAGUUGAAGGAAAACGACGCGGAGGAUCUGCCUGUCAAGGAGGAGAAGGAGGAUGAGGAGGAGAAGAUGGACGACUCCCUGCUAAAAGCCAAGAGGAAGAGGAAGAAGAAGCACAAGGAGAGGGUGAAGAUUGGUGAAGAGGUCGUUCCUCUCCGGGUUCUCUCCAAAAAGGACUGGCUGAACCUGAAGCAGGAGUAUUUGAUCCUGCAAAAGAAAAGCAUGGCGUCCCUGAAGACAUGCCUCGCCAAGGUCCACCAGAGCGCUGCCGGAGGGAAGGGGGACGUGGACACCAGUUUGCCAGCGGUGGACGGCAAGGAGGCCGAUGAGAAGACGGCCCCGAUUGGUCCUCAGUUUGAGUGUGGAUGCAUCCUGAAGAUCACUCACAUCAAGCCGUUGCCUGGGCGACAGGUCAUCAAGGAGGCUCUGUCGGAGGUGUCCCCGGUGGUGUAUGUUGACACCUUGGAGGGCGACACCGAAGGUCACGUCCGCUUCAAGACCCCGGCACAGGCCAAGGCCAUCAUGGACGCUCGCGCCGAGCUGCAGAACAAACACGGCUGGCAGCUGGAGAUUCUCUCUGGCGAUCAUGAACAAAGGUACUGGCAGAAGAUCCUGGUGGAUCGCCAAGCUAAGCUGAACCGGCCCAGAGACAAGAAACGGGGGACAGAGAAGCUCAUUUCUAAAGCAGAGAAAAUCAUUAUAGCCAGAGCCAAGGAGGCCACUAAGCACAUCCGCUUCAUGGAGGACUGAUCAAGGCUUUCAAGUUCUACUGCGCUGUCCUUUUUUGUGGAAUUUGUUUCUUUCCUCAGAGACACUUGACAUUUCCGCCAUUUUGUAAUUUCUACUACGGAUGUUGUCUUUGAGAAACUCUUUCACUGUUCAUGACUAUGGAACGAGCAGAGAGAAUAAGUUUUUUCAAGGGAUUUAAAUAAGUAAUGGUGUAUGUUUUUUCUUUUUUUUUCUUGAGCCGUUCUGUCAGAUCUGGCUUCCACCAGAAAGUUAAUGUGUUCUACAAGCAGGAAGUUUCUUCACUUCUGAGAAUAGUCCUCUUUUUUCCUAGACUUUGUCGUAAUGAGAGCUGCCCAAAUCUCAUUUAUUCAAUGUGAAUGUGUAUAAACUGUAAAUAUGAUUUCAAAAUGUUCCCAGAGUUUUGCUGUAAAAUGAUUUCACUGACCAUUUCUUUUUAAGAAAUUGAACUAUAUUUUUUAGUUAAUAAACAUCAGUUUUGGUGGA